AUGGAAGCGGACUCAGCGCCAGCACCAAACCAAGGGCCAACGCACCGCGUGAAGCGCCAUAAAUCCAAGCGACUGUCCAAGCCCAAGUCGACCAUUUCCAUGUCGACAGAUGACGACACGGUUCGCGCGGCAGAAGUCACUGGGGCGGCAGACAGCGACGAUGAGUUUCAAGAGUUCUUUGACGCAGAUCUCUCCAAGUCGGUCGAGCGCUACUUGGGAAGUGACGACGGGUCGUACUUUGACGCUAUUCACGUCGACACGGAGCAAGUGGAGAGUAGCGACGACGACGUGGAACGCAAUGCCACCGACGCGACAGCAGGCGCCGUGUUGACGGACCGACCAAACGAUCAUGCUACGGCAGAUGGACCGCCUGGUCGGGGUGACUGUGAAUUGCCGGACGAUGGCCUUGACGAGAAUCUGCCGCUGUCUGCUCGUGCUGCGGACAAUGGGAAUUUCGACGACGACUUGAUGGAUGCGCUUGCUGCGGCGCCAGCGGAACAACCAUCGGAUGCGGCCAGUCUAGACAAUGCACGUUCAUUGCGCGUACCAGACGACCAUGACGCUUUGCUGGACGACGAUCCAGACAUACUGAAUGCCCCCGUAGACACCACGUUUGGAGUUCGCGACGUCUUCCACGAUAGUGACGCAGGGAGCAAAGACGCCAGCGCUGCACCUGCUUCUGAAGCUGUCGCUGGUAUAGAUCAACAAGCGAACAGUGCGGUUCCGGACAGCUUCUUGAGUUCUAGUGAAGACUUUGUCGAGGUCGAAUCGAUUCCCGAGUCAGUGAGAGACGACGGCUCGUUCACGUGCGUAAGCAGAGAAGAAGUCGUGGGCGGCGAUUCAAAACAAGACCUGCCAUCGCCCGACGACGGCGGAGGGGCCACUUCAUCUGAUGCCGCAACCAGUCCUCUUGUUGAAACGAUGGUGGAGAGUGUGUCAAAUACCACCGAGAAAGAGGCAAGUGAGGUCGAUGGAACCGAGCAUGGCGACGACACCGCUGUCCAGUUGAACGAUGCCACACAUGUUGUCGAGAAAGCAAUGGACGAGAUGCCGCCAUCCACCGACAUGACCACCCGGGAGACAAACUCGAAUGAAGCAGAAUUGAAUGUCGCGCCACCCCCGAGCGAAGAUGGGACUGCUUUUGCCGACGCCACCAGUGAAGUCCAAAAUGUCGGCACGGCUGCCCUAGCUACUGACAUGCUAUCUGCACCACCAGCGGGCGACGGCGCUGCCGACCUUUCAGCCCGACGAGAUGAUGCGUUCGACGGUGACGGCAGUGACACUGGAUCAUCCAUUGGACUGGACGAACCACCGGCGACUUCUUCCGCCGAUGGCAUCGCCGCCAGAUUGAACCAACAAAGUGACACAGAAGCGAAGGCGGUUGCCGACGUGGCUGACCCAAGUGCCGACAUGCUGUUCGCGCUGGACGAGCCACCAGUGCUUCCUCCAUCGGAUGCAUGCACGUGCCUCCCCCCUGCCCCCCUCAGUGCCAUCGAGCGCGACAUUCCUGUGGAGCACGAUGUCAUCCCGCAGUCUUCGCCGGACAAGUCAAACGCCGACGGCACUGUCGUCGUGGAUGAUGGAUCUCUCUUCAGCCCACCACUGGACGCGGAUGUCCAUCCAUUUCCAACCCAAACCAGCGUCCGAAAGGCUUCAACAAAUCCAUUUGACCCGCCAGGAAUGUUUGCCGACGAGCUGCCACUUGCGCCAUGUCCAGGGGAAGCGGCCACGGCCCUCGAAACGCGACAGACGUCCCCAGCACAAAGCACGGCGCCCCCGAUGCGCCAAGGGCAGGAUGGCGCUUCCGCAGACGACGGGGGCCCUGCGACGACAACCCCAGGUCUCGUUGGAUAUGCAGCGGCCGAAAGUCCUGACCCGUUGCUUGUAGUGGUUUUCAACCCGUCCGAUGUGCACGACGACGACAGCGAGUCGGACGAGGACGUCGCGAUGCCAGCUCCGCUCGGUCUUGGAAAGAGCGGACGUGCCGCCGACUUGAGCGAUGAGGACGACCUGGAAGUGAAUGCAGAAUUGGCGCAGACUAUUCGAGCCCCGUCGUCCGCUGUGGUCGGGAUGGUGGCCAAGAGCAAUCCCCUCGCGGACGCAAUGAGCUUGGCGAUUGCUUCGACAACGCAAGCAUCAUCCAUGGAUAGGUUUCACAGUCCGGCGGCAUCGCGUGGCGAAUCGCCGACGCAACAGGAUUCCGGGGCGGACCACUCGUCGUUUGGGAUUGCGUACCAAAAGAUGCCGCGGAAACCCACGUCGACUUCCUACACGAUCGGCGACACGACCGACAUGGUCCUGUCCGUGCAUUCAGCAAAAGACACGGCGCACUCGGACGAGUUUGACGACGUUGAUUUCGAUGCCGUGCCGGCAGGCGCUCCAGUGGUCGAGCUGGACAAGCUGCACAAGUCGCGACUCGCCAAAGACGCUGAGAGGGAAGCCGCGGUGCUGGCUCAGCUCCAAGAAGCCACCAAGCAGGAACGUCUCGCUCUUCUUCGUGAGCAGCAUGCUGCCACGGUCGGGGGGGACGCCAUGGCGGUCGUUGCACCUGCCGCCGGGGACAAGGCCGCAUUGGCAGAGCUCCACGACAUGUACAAGCGGGGACUGGGUGACCAAGAAGUCGCGGCGCUGGAAGCGUCCACGGGCUCUGUGGAUGCCUCGACGCUUGUCCCGACGAAUGUCCAUGCGCCGAUCACGCAAACGAUUGCCGAGGAAGAUGACGAAGACGAUGACGAUGGAGGCAACGGAACGGCGCACGCUGAACGGAACAAACCCACAGGAGAGGCGGUGUCAGCGGAUUCGGAAGCCGCGGCGGCAUGGGAGACUGUCGAAAAGUUCCAGCAUGAAAAAGCCGCGCGAACAAAGAAUGGCAAGAGCGAGUCGUUUCGGUGGAUUCGCUUCCAGGAAGCGCAGGUGCAUUUCCGAGAAGCAGACUACGUCCGCGCGCAUCAAGAUGCGAUUGUCGUGGAGGACGAGCACGCCGCCUCGACGGGGUGCCUCGCGUGCGUGUUUCGCCCAGCCGCGCUGCAAUUCCCGUCGGCUUUGCAGCAGCGCGAGCUCGUUUUUUGCAUGGCGAUGUGCCAGCUCGACCACAACGAGCCCGUGCAUUAUCGCAUCCUGCAAACCAUCUACCAAAAGGUGACCAACACGCGGGGCGAGUGUCCAUUGAGCGGCGGCCACUGGGAAAUCAUUGGGUUUCAAGGAAACGAUCCUGCCACGGACCUCCGCGGUGGCGGGAUGCUGAGCCUCGUGCAGCUGCUCUAUCUCGUCGACACACAUCCCGACGUGGUUGGCGAGUUGUUUGCCGCGUCGCGCCAUGAGCAGUACCAUUUCCCGCUCGCGUGCGUCAUGAUCAACUUCACGGUGCACAUCCUGAGCACGCUGCGCCAAGGCCGGCUCACCACUCUGUGCAACAAGGAGAAGGACGUAAUGACUGCGAUGAACAAGCUGUAUGCUGCGAUGGGCGUACGCCUCGUCGCCGAGUGCAAGGCGAAGCAAGGGGUGGUCGAGUUUCCCGCGAUCCUCAAGGACGUCGUCCAUGAAGCGCAGAGCAUGCCAAUGCGCGUCGUGGCAGAAGCCGAGUCGGUGCUCGCGUUGUCGCGCGGCCGCGACAUUGGCGACGUGGCCGACCAAGAUUUCACCGAUCUCCGUGACAAAUAGUCUCCCAGACAGCGUUCAUGGAUGCAUGUCAAGUGUAAUCGCGACGGUCGAGUUGGUCGCCAAGGUGGCGCAGUCGCUCCUCA